CAACUCAACAAAAAAUUAGUUCAUGCAAGACUAUAUAAGGGGGUUGCAGGAUUAAUGAAAAUAUUAAAUUUAUUCACCAGUAGUUAGGAAACCAGGGUUAGUUGUUGCUGGUUCUUAACAGCGGCAGUAGUAAACAAAAGGAAAGAAAUCAAUAAAAUAUAAAAGUAAAUCUUCUGUGCGGAAGAAUUACUUGUUGAAUUUUAAGUUUAUAAAUGUUAAUUAAAAAUUCUCUUUUUAAUAUUUAAUAACAAGUAAAAGAAUCUUAAAUGAUUUGCGCAUUUAAAUUAUAAAAAUCAUGGAAGUUGAUACCAAUGGUACUCCUUAUUCAUUAAAAGGUGAUAAGAAGCAAGACGAAAUAUUGUUGCAGCCAUUUAAUUAUAUUCUUCAAAUUCCUGGAAAAAAAAUACGAACUAAAUUAGCACAUGCUUUUAAUUAUUGGUUAAAAAUACCGGAUAAUAAACUCCAAGCUGUUGGAAAUAUUACACAAAUGCUCCAUAAUUCUAGUCUCUUACUAGAUGAUAUUCAAGAUAAUUCUAUUUUAAGAAGAGGAAUUCCAGUAGCACAUUCCAUUUUUGGUGUGCCUAGUACCAUAAAUGCUGCAAAUUACGUUUUAUUUAUUUCUUUAGAGAAGAUUCUUGCCUUAAAUCAUCCAGAAGCAACGCAAAUAUUCACGGAGCAAAUUUUAGAGCUUCAUAGAGGUCAGGGAAUGGAAAUAUAUUGGAGGGAUAAUUAUAUUUGUCCAACUGAAGAUGAAUACGAGCAUAUGACUAUUAAAAAAACUGGCGGACUUUUCAAUUUGGCGGUGAGAUUGAUGCAACUAUUUUCUACUUGCAACGAGAAUUUUUCACAAUUAGCAGGAAUUAUAGGCCUUUACUUUCAAAUACGAGAUGACUACUGUAAUUUGUGUAGUCAAGAAUAUAUAGAAAACAAAAGUUAUUGCGAAGAUUUAUCUGAAGGAAAAUUUAGUUUUCCGGUUAUUCAUGCAAUAAGACAUCAUCCUGAAGAUAAUCAGAUAAUGAAUAUUUUAAGGCAACGGACUAAAAACAUUGAAGUUAAACGUUAUUGUGUAAAUUUAUUAGAGAAAUUUGGAUCAUUUGCCUAUACAAGGCAUGUUCUCGAAACUCUAGAUAAAAAAGCUAGAGAUGAAAUAGAACGACUUGGAGGAAAUCCACUAUUGAUCAAAAUUUUAGAUGAAAUUAAAAAUUGGAGACCUCAAGAAACUUAAUUACACUAAAUUAUUUUUAUAUAAAAUUAUAUUUUAGUUUUAAUUAUAUAAAAGUUACCAUUUUAAUUUUUUUUGUAUACAUCUGGCCUAUAAUAAUAUAACUUUAACGUGAAUUUUUACAUCAAUAUUGGAAUUAUUAAAUAUUUUAGAAAAAUAUGGCAUUAAUAAAACAUGAUUAAA